UGGUCGCGUUCGGUCGGAAAAUCCGCGUCACUCCGUGUUCGAGUUCCGGAUCAGGUGUUGAGCAUACACAGACCGGGCCACGCAGCCACAGCCACAUUUUCCCCGGCAUCAUCCACAGGUUGGUCCCCGGUUCUUCGCUUUCUGCUACAACCUCGGGUUAGCUUCUUCCUCGCCCUGCCUUUACCCAGGGAUUUUCCCUUCGUCUGUCACGCGGUGUGUUUUCUGUUCAGGUCGGGAGAACCACAUCUUUCGUACUCUGACGGAACCAACCCAGCGGGGUUUUCACAGCAGGAAGUGGGUCUUCAGGUCUGCUGUGCCGCCGUGCCGUUAUACCUUUUUUCUCCGGCCCUUUGCUUCGGUGCGCUGGGGCUCCCUCAGCUGUCCCUUCUGCUUUGGGGAUUUGGGACAGAGGGAUCCGGUCUCUGGGAAUAUUGCAUCUCAUCAGCCAAACUUCAUAGGGGUUGAUUGUUCCAUCAUCCCUAUUUACAGUUAUAGGUAGUAGGUACCUUACAUAGUGAUUCAAUAGUGUAGUGUAUACAGUGCGAAUUUCUGAAGAAGAUUGUUUCUUCCUAGAUCGUGUACGGGAUGUUGGGGUUUAUUGUAUUGCAGUUUCCAGUUCGGUUCCAUUAACUUGGAGCAGUGCAAAGUGUUGUAAAAAGUAAUAUAAAAAAAACCCGAAAACGCCCAGGGUGCCACAAGGAAGCAAGGAAAUACGUAAUAAAUCGUAAAUUGAGAUGUGUAAUGAGUGUUUCCGGUUUGGCCGCCGAUUGUGAAUAGGAGCUGUUAAUGGUUUUGUUGUCCCACCGUCAGUCAGACUAAAUAAAAAGUGAAAAAACGACUGCGACUGGAUUAGCGAAGUGGUGAUUAUGACGUAAAAUUUACAACAACCUUCACAGCAGUCUGAGGUGUGCGUAAAACCAACAAGCUGCCACUAAAGGAAGAAAAACCUUUUAACGAGUGAAAAUUGGAGAUAAGUUAAGCGCCGGAGAGUGAGUGUUUUACGAUAUCACAAAAACCCUGCAGGGAGUGUUGGAAAAGCAGUGAAGCUCGCCGCACACAUAAAAGUUGCCUUUCCUGGGCAGGCAAAUUUGCAUACCACUUGGCGAAAUAAGUGCGAUCAUUUUUACUAUAGGCACCCAUACCCGGAUUGGGAUUGGGAUACGAAUUAUAUAGUGGCUGCACGUGUGCUUAGUUUAUUCCGAUUUGGAUCCAAUUGGCGGCAAGUGGGCCGAACUGUUGCUGGAUUUGUUGGACGCAACCAUAAUAGAGUUGGAUAAUAAUAACGGUCGUCAUAUCAGUUGCUUCAGGUGUCGAUGCGAUUUUCAUCAACAACGAGUCACCAUUAGGCAAAAAAGGGAUCUGGCCCCGGUGAAGAAGCUUCGGGGUUUCCCAUUGGCCACGUUCUGUGCAGCAACCGUAAAACGAACGGACGUCGGCAUUGAAAUUGAAGGUAGGAAGUAAGGAAGCACUUCCAAACGCAAUCUUUGGCAUUUCUUCAAGCAUUUUGCUUUGCUUUGCUGCCACCGUACUGCUGCUGGAUUCAAAUACCCAACAAAUAACGAGCUUUUCCGUGCCAGGAAGCACUCUGAAUGAAGCCAAAGCCGCGCCACUUCCGUUGUGAAUAGGAAGGCGAGAAGGAUGGUUGUCUGGUUCGGGUAAAAAAAGGAAGCAGCAUAAGUAAAAUUAAAGCAUCAAGCCAGAUUUCCUGAGUUGCCUGUUGAGCGCGCCAAUGUGGGCGUAUGUUAAGUACCAGGGAUUCUAAAUCUCAACCUCAGUAUUUGCCAGCCCCUGGUGAUAAGGAAGAAGUAGGGCAGGCAUUGAAGAAAUUCUAUCAGCCAUAGCGAGCUAAAUCCAAGGUCUGAAAAGCCACGCGUAAAGGAAAAGGCAAAUGCGGAUCUAGAGCAGAGCUCAGUCAGUACACAACCAGUCAGUGACGGGGCAAUAAAUAGUUGGGAGUGCCAUCAGCAGGAGCAACAGGAGCUGAAAUCAUGGCCGCGGCAAUCGAAGAAGCGGUCUUCAACGCACUUCGGGGCCACCAGGACGAAAAGACGAAGCUGCCGGCACCGCGCAUUAUCAAGAUUUAUGUUGCCAGUCUCAAGGAAGACUUCAAAGAGGAACGACGGCUGCUGCUGGAAGUUAUCGGUCCCGAUUUACAGUCGGUUUACGACGACCGACAAAUUGAGGUGGAGAUUGUGGACGUACACUUUGGAACCGGCAGCGACUGUACGGCUGUCGAUUUGGAUCCGUAUGUGCUCGCAGACCACCUGGAGGAAAUCGAAACGUGCCACCGGGUCUCUAAGAGCGUGUUUCUAGUUAUAUUGCUAGGAUCACGUCUGGGCAAUUUUUUGCUCCCCACCAAGAUAGACGCGGAUGUGUUCGAAGCGAUUGGGAAAUUCUCCACGGCCGAGCAGGGAGAAUUGCUACGAAGCUGGUACCAUCAGCAACACCGGAUAAACCCUGCCAGAGUCAAUGGCGAAACCGGCGAAGAAGGUUGUUACGUGUUGCAGACACAUUUCAGAACGAAAGCCCGCGAGGAAUGGCUGAGCGAAAGCCGACAGCUGCGGGAGCUGCUCGAGAACAAGAUCGACGAAAUUUUGAAAGCAUUCCAAGAUGGCGGUGGAGGUGGACCGGAAGCAGAUUCCGGGGACGGAGACAAUGGCGAUGGUAUUGUUCUGCUAGAUGGCAUCAAGUUAAUCGAUAGCGAACGAUUCUGUGAUAACCUUAAACGACUGAAGCAGCGAGCCUUGGAGCGGGAAAUCCAGAAAGGAAUGGCUUGCUCCGACGAAAACGUGAUGGCAGUCUUCCGCCAAUGGGAAGCAGAUCCCGGACAUGGGCCCAACGAAGGUGCUGACGUGAGCCGCCCGGCUGGCCCAAUGAUAGCGACCUUGACGGAGAAGCUACCGGAAGAGAGGCGAAUUUCACUCAGCGUCCCUUGGGCAGAGAACGGCAUCGAUCCGGACCUGGACAGUCACGAGUCUUAUCUGAACAAGCUCAAAGCUCGGUUGCUGGAGAAACUGCAAAAUGCCAUUGAUCAGAGCCUGGCCAAGGAUCCGAACGGAGGCAAGGGACGCAAAAAGACUGUGCAGGAAAUAUUUCACGAACACUCAACCCACCUGAUGUACUUGAACGAACAUCUCGGUGCUAACAAAUACAUAUCAUCAAGCAUCCCGGAACGGAUACGACAAAAUGUGCAGCAAAAUUUUCGUUCCGGAAGUCGCCACCCACCAUAUUUCGUGUACGGGGGCCAUGGGAGUGGCAAAAGCACAUUGCUGUCCCACAUCUACUCGCAGCUGACGAAUUGGUUCGAGCACAUCAAAGUGCAUCGGGUCAUUCGAUAUGCCUCGGCCACUCCCCGGUCCGCCUACAACCUCGAGCUGUUGAGGGUCAUCUGUCAACAGCUGGCAAUCAUCCUCAACAUCCCGGAAGGUUAUUUGCCAAAGGAUGCUUCAUUCGAUCCGCUGUACAUCAACAACUGGUUCCAGAACCUGUUGAAGCACUGUGAAGAUUUACACAACGAGAUUCUAUUUCUGUUUAUUGACGAUCUGCACAAACUGAACCCCCUGGAUUGUGACAUAGUGGCCGCACUCUCCUGGCUCCCAAUCAGUCUGCCCUGGAAUGUGUUCCUCGUCGUCUCAACAACGGUUCCAAUCGAUUCUCUCAAGUUGACUCCGAUGCAAAAGGAACGCUUCAAGUAUCUGGACUACUUUUUCGACCUGUCCCAGGAACAGAACAAAACUCUAGUGCAACCAAUCGAUGACUCGGCCAGCUUCCAAGUUUACGUCAACAAAAUCUUCGAUGCCAUGGAGCAACGAUUCGGGCGCAAGGGAUUCAGCAAGCUGGCCAUCUACAUCACCUGCUCCGAGUACGGGCUGACCGAGACCGAGUUCCUGGAACUGCUUAUGCCUACGCAGGAUUCGGACGCCUUCAUCAGCACCUGGGAGGGAGGCUUUAAUUUCUCCACUUUCCGGACGAUACGGAACGAUUUGAAACCACUCCUGCGGGAAAAGCUGAUGUCCGGCAAGCUGCUGAUCGUCUGGCGGCACGAGCUCUGCUCGGAAAUCACCAAAUCGCGCUACAUGACACCGGAAAUCGCUCGGACGGUUCAUUCGGAAAUUGUAAAUUUAUUCUUCCCGCCGGACAGCGACGAGAGUGACGAAAUUUCCAGUGAGCAGCACAGCAGAAAAUCGAGCAUCCAGACCCAGCAGGACGACAAUGUGACGCAGAUCAUCAGCCUUGGGCCGGACAUUUCCUACAGCAUACGGCACGUGGAGGAAUCCUGGCAUCAUCUAAUUAAAUCCGACGACACGAAAAAGCUCAAAGAGAUUGCGGUGUGCAAUUUCGACUUUUUACUGGCCGCCGUUCAAACGGUGUCAAUUAGCUAUUUAAGGUGCUUGAUAGAACACGUGCGGUGCUACAUCCUCGAUCGGGACAUUGAACUGGUGUACUACACGAUCCGGAAAAGCAGCGACGUUCUGACCCGGGACCCAAUGCAGCUGGGAGCACAGCUCAUUUCCUGGUUGAAAUCCGUUGCCGAUAACGAGGGCCCCCAGGCUUUGCUCGGCGUGACGGUUCAAUCGGCAACGGCCUGGUGCGAUGGCUACACGGUGCCCCUGUUGGUUCCGCUGACCGGAUGGCUUCCGGUUCCUCUGCCCUCCCAAAUCCGGUGCAUGACCGUUCCCGGACCUGGGCCGUUCCGCUGCAUCGAAGUGUCCCCAUCGAAGCAACACCUGAUCCUGUCGCCAAAGAUUGGCGAUCCGCAGCUGUGGCACAUCAUGAGCAACAGUCUCGUGCACACGUUCAAGGGCCACAGCGGUCCGGUUACGUAUAUGAAAGUGCAAUCCCAGUACCUGCUCACAGCAUCCGACGACACUUCCGUUAUCGUGUGGGACAUGCAGACCCUGGCCAUGAAGCUGAGACUAUGCGAACACAUAGCGCCGGUAAUGUGUGUCACGCUAGCCCUGGACAACAACAAAUACAUCAUCAGCGGUGGAGACGAUUCCUGUAUCAUCAUCUCGCUCUUCGAAAGCGGGAAGCUGAUCACCCGGAUCGACCACCAUCGAGGUCCCGUCACGGCAGUCCACGUGGCCAUGCCCAGCGAAGUGCUCGUCUCCUCCAGCCACGAUGCCACCGUUUGCCUGUGGUCCCUCGAGAACUUCACCCUGCUCAACUGCAUCCAGCUGCUGCAUCCGGUGCAUGAUAUUCAAAUUUCCUGUGAUUCGAUUUUUCUGCUAGCAUAUUGCGAGGACAAUGGACUUUACCUGAGAGCUCUUGCCACCGGAACUGAACUGCACGCCCUCAAAGGACACAAAUCGAAGAUUCGCGACCUUUGCAUCGCAAUGGACAGCCAGCGGGCCAUCGUUGGCUGCGAGGACACCCGGGCUCACAUUUUCGACAUGCAUUCCGGACGCAUCAUUCGAUCGUUGCCACCAAAUCCGGGUCCGGUGACAGCUGUUUACGUAAUGGAAAAGGAUGACUACCUCAUCACUGCCGGUGGCAACAAAAUUACCUUCUACUCGUUCCGCAACGAAGAUUCGAUUGUUAACUUUUACCCGAAGAAGAAGAAGACGAUGAAGAAAUUAUCCAAAAGCCGGGCGGCCAUAGCUACGACCUCUAGUCCAGUGAUAUGUUUUGACAUUUCGCGGGAUUCAACGAUGGCAGCGGUAGCCGCAAGUCGUUGUAUCCAGAUUUGGCAGCUGAACACACCCGAACUUACGGCGAUUCUGGAAGGUCACACUGGAACCGUCACUUGCGUAACGUUUGCACCAAAUUGUGAAUUCGUGGCUUCCGGUUCAGAGGAUAAGACUGUGAAUGUUUGGAGUUUGGCCCUCGGCACAGCAGUGGCCACUUUCAAAGGUCACAACACGUUUGUGACUACGGCCACUUUUAUGAUGGAUUCUCGACGAAUUAUUUCGGCCGAUCGUGACAGUUGUCUUUUCGUGUGGAUGGCUGAUACUGGUACUGUGUUACAAAGUGUUCAGGGACCUUUCAAGUGUCUCGCCGUUACAAACAAUAUGAAGUUUGCAGUUUGUACUAAUGGGGAUUCUAGUCUACGGAUAUGGUCACUCACGAGGGAAGAUGAAAAGUUUACCGUGUCUCAUUCAGGGGAGAUAACGUGCUUCGUAAUAACUGCUGAUUCACUGUAUUUGAUUACGGGUUCCAAGGACACUUCGCUUAAGGUAUGGCAGGCUUCGGGUGGAAAGUUGGCACAGGUUCUUGUCGGACAUACGGAUGCCGUCACUUGCGUAGCGGUUUCCGUUACAAACAAAAGUCAAGUCAUAUCAGGGUCGAAGGAUUCCAACCUCAUCAUUUGGGACAUUCAUACUGGUGAAGAAAUUCACACGCUUGCUGGACACUUAGCUCCCGUAACUUGCGUCAAAGUCUCAGCAGAUGGCACAACCGCAGUUUCCGGAAGUGAUGACAAAACAAUGAUUGUUUGGGAAACAAAACGGGGACUUGCGCUGACCUCCCUUCAAAUGCACGUCCAGUUUACCCGCUUUGACAUCAGUCUGGAGUGCUCCCGAAUAGUAGUUCAGCUCAUGGACAGUUCGUGUCUCCCCAUCAUCUGCCUGCACAACUCACCUGCCUCCUAUAUCAAACUUCCAACCUACUCUGCCCCAGCCAGAGAUGUAGAAGACCUUCGUCCCGCCGGACCAAAACGGCCAGCCCGUCGAUUGUUGAAGAAAGAAGUUUCCCUGGAUACGUACACGUGGCAGAAGAAAUACGCCCAUCUUACUUCUUCCGUAAUGAUGGCUCAGGUAGACGAAAGACUGAAGCGCCGAUUCUCGGUGUCGGCUAGUAUGGAGGAGAUAUCGAAACUGGCCGAAGCAAAGAACAUGGAAUCUCAGCAAAACCUUGGCCCCGAACAGGCUGCCCUGGCACAAUCGCAGCAUUUUGAUCAAUUGGAAGCACUCUGGAAUAAACGAUCGCCACCACGACGUCGGCUGAAUCAGUCGAACCUCUCGCGCCAAUCCUCUCUCGUGGAGGACCGGAUCGAAUCCUCGGAUGAAGACGAGUUCAUGGAAGAACGGGCAGCCUUACAAUAGAUAAUGCCGAGCGCAGUUUUUUGACUCAGUAGAAGUAGCAUUUAUUUACGCUUAUUACGUCAUCAUGUAAGUAGACCUUUUAUCAGAUAUCCAAUUUUCUUAUCACGUUGUUCCUGCUGUGAAGAAACAAACAUUUGAAAACCGUUAAGUAUUGGCAAACCACGAGCCCACCUAGGAUAGCGUAGAACUUUUUUAUUAUAUAUUUUUAUACCUUUUUUUAAAGUUUGAAAAGAACGAUCGUCACACCUGCCGCUCGCUCGACUAACGUGUACCAUUUCGACAUUUUUCCUUUCAGACGUCCUAGCGGAUUAAGUAAUGUUCCGUUGAACAAAUGCAAAGUAAAUGACACUCUUAAGCUCCGUCAAUAAAACAAUUUCACAAGUUUUAUAGGUUGUUUCCAUCAUCACCGUCUUGCGACACCCUUCCAAACUUCUAGUCAAGUUUCGAAACAUCCUCCCAGCCGAGAUGUCGUGUGCGUUUCGGAAGGAAAAGAAAAGUUGACCCUGCUUUAGGAAUAAAACAAAAAGUCGAAUAACAUUCCAGGACACAGAGCGCCACGUGGCGGCGACUAGUCAAAACUGGUCAGCUUUUUCCCCGUUUGGAAAGGAUGCAGCCACAAUUCCACCGACCACCACCUGUUGAUUCGCGUACAGUAUUAUUAGAGGAAACGGAAAUGAGAGGCACGUGUUCUAAUUGUAUAGUUUAUAGUGAUAGAUUUAUAAAAAAAAUAAGCUUUAUGCAGCAGGAAAAGAAGCUAACUAAAACAAACGAGAUGAACUUUCACUUUUUUGCUAAUCUAAAAGCCAAUGCGGAAAGAAAUAAAUUCAAAAUCAAUCAUACAGUAGCUUUAAGCACUUCCUGAUGGAACAAAUUAGAAGAAAGAAAAUUGAAGACAAAAAAAUCAUCACAAAUACACGAAAAACAUAAACCAAAAAAUUGAAAGCUCACAAUAAGGCCGUGAAAUUGUGUACCGUUUUGUAGUUUCUAAAACGCUUGAGUUGAACGACUGUCGAUUGCCCGGGGGAAAAUCCGGGAUCUCUAGACAAACCUUAAAAAGUUUCAGUCAGGCUUCAAACUUCCGAGCUCGAUUAAGUUUUUUUCCGUUCGUAUAACGUGUAGAAGAUAUUCUAUAUGAUAGAAAGCUAAGAUUUGACGUAAGUAUGACUAAGAGAGCGCUAAGAAGUGAUGGUUCGCAGAACAGAUAACGAAAUAUUCAAAUAAAAAUCGAACGGAGAACUUUUUCUACUCACAAAGUCAUUAAAAAUACACCACAAGAAUUCGAAAAAGGAAAAUUAAACAAACCUGAUUCAAAUAUUUUGAUUGAUUGAUCAAAUAAUAAAAUUGUAAAUCAGAUUUCAAAUUAAAAUAAGCCCAUAAAAUUAA